AUGGGUUAGAGGAUACAGGCUCCUGCAAUGUGAGGCAGGAACACACUAAUUCGUGCUGGUUUUUAAAGUCCACAUCCACUGCAUGCGAGUAUAAACCUUUUGAUAACUAUGUAAAAUUGGUCUUGUAGCUAUAUAAGAUUCUCUGCCACUCUUUGCUUUGAAGCUGGAUAAGAUAGCCAGUGUUAUUGCUGCUAAACAAGACUUGUUUACCUGAAAGAAAACGUCUUUGAUAUUUGUCCUACAGCUUCAGCCCUCACGCCUUAGAGCGGAGUUAUUUAACCUUUGCCAUGGCGACUAGAAACUCUUGGGAUCAAAGAAUCUCCGCUUUUUUACUGAGUCCGUCCCAGUUUUUGUCCUGCACCACCCCUGACAGUUUUUUAUCGGAGCUUCUCGACGAACUGAGGGAUGAUAAGCCAAAUGACUACAAAAAGAUACUCCUACUGAAAUUGCUGUUGGAGUAUCCCACAGUUCUCUGCGCCACCACCUCAGUGGGAGAGGGGACGGCCCAGGAGCUCAUGUCCGUUCUAUCCUUGACUCCACAGAAAUCUGUCAAUCUUAAGUGCCAUCUUUUACUGGCUAUCACCAACAUACUAAUAUGCACAUCUUGCUUGGACAGCCAAGCAAAAGCAGCAGAGGACUAUACAAACUUCCUAUUCAGUAUUAUUCAGGACACCAAUGACAACGCAGGUGGGCCGAGCCUCCACCUCCUCAGGGUCACUGCCUGCGACUGUCUGAGAGAAAUGGAAUUCUGUCACCCUGGACUUCUCUCGCAGAAAUUAGAGACACUUUAUUACCUAAAGCAACAGGAAACCACAGCCUUGCAUCAGUCCUACUGUAUGUUGUAUACUCGGGGCCUCAAGAAUGCCAUUCAUCUCUUGACACUACAAAAUGAUGUGGAUAAUGCAAAGCUCAGGGGUGUCUUGGGCGGAAACGAAGGCUUUGCUUGGAAGUCUGCCGAGUUGCCGUUAUGCACGCUGCCGUUCAGUAGUAUGAGCCACAUUCCACAGCUGCCCACAGCGCUAGACUGCAAGGAGCUGAAGUCCAUACUGUCCUUGCUCUUGGAGGAAUCUUACCUGAUGACUCCCACUUUGCAGGCCGCCGUGCUGCGAGAACUCGUGGAGGUAGUCGCCAUGAUACCAGCCGUCCCUCCGGUGAUAUUCAAGUCUCAGCUGUUGCGGCUUUUUGGAACGAUGGAGGUCGAGCUGAUGCACGCAGCGCUGCUGAUGAAGGGGACGUUCACGGACAGCCUCUUCACCACCGAGGACGAGAACUUCUUACUGAAGCGUCUUGUGAGCAUGGCACAGCAUCCGCUGCUGGGAGAACCCGACAAGCAGUUUUACAUGGACUGUGUUCUCCACUUCCCUGAGAACAGGCCCAUCUCGAGCAGUGGAGAGGAGGGCCUGCCUGUGCUCGUCACCCCCCGCCUCACGCUGUCACUCCUGCCUACCGUGUUCAAAGACAGCACCACCAUGCUCUGCCAGAUGCACCUCCUUUCCCUGGUUCACCUGGAGGCUGAUGGAGGAGAUGAGGACAGAGGGCUCACCUACCUGUUCAAUCAUCUGAUGGCCCUGCUGAAAAUCGUGGAAAACAACGGGAGCAAGGAGAUGGUGGUGACCACCUUCAGAGUGAGUUUCAUUUUCCUCACGCACUUCCACCACAUGGAGAGGUUCUCAGAGAAACUGGUCGAUAGCUUCCGCCAGCUGUAUUUACGACAUGGUCGCCUUGCUCCACAUCUGAUCAACUUGGUGGACCGAAUCCAGGAGUGCUUAGCAGAAAGUCUUUGGCCAGUCCAGCUGUUAAGAGCGCUUCAAAAGUCCAUUGUGGAAAUGCCGCUUUUGCAGCUGACACUGCAGGAUUUGAGCUGGCACCUUAAAGUCUUGGGACGGGCGGCGCAGGAAAGUCAGAUUGGUCAGAGGAGUACUGUUGUCUUCAUCCUCAACAUCCUCAUCAACUCCAACCUUUGUGAAAGGCGGAGCUGGCAGGUUGGCAACAGCAUUCUCGCAGUUUGUCGCCACUUACUCCAGCACCCCACUCUCAGCCAAAUGUUCACAGAGAUGGCUGACCUCCUGCAGCACAUGAGCAGGAACUAUGAGGACACAGACAUUCAGGACCACGCACGGUUUUACUACACGCUGACAACCAACCUGUGCUGGGCGAAGCUUGCGGGAGUGCUCGCCAAAGGUCCCGAGGGAAGGCAGACCAAAGUCCGAUCAUGGUCGGCCAUCUUGGCUGACAGCGAGGGGCUCACUAAUUGUUUGAAUGUCCAUCAGACCGACGGCUGCGUCUUGCAGCUCAGCGAGACGCAUGAGCACAUCCCUCGGUGCGAAGAGACUGUUACGGAGACACUGAAGACCCCGCAUGAGAAGGGGCUGUUUGAGCUCUACCAAGAGCAGCUCAAAACCUCAGGCUGUGCAGUCCAGCUCACCCUGCGGUACAGUCUGACCCACGCAAAGGGAACAGAUCCUAGGUUUGACAGAAUAUUCACAAUUUGCCUGCACUUUGACACAAACACUUCCCACUAUGAAGACGUCAGCGACAUCCACGUGCCAUGCCUGUUCAGGGACAGGAAACCCCCUGUGGUUGAGCUGAGUUUAAAGCUACGUCAGCCGUUCCCCACCAGCCUACGGCUUAGCGCCAUCUUCACGACGGAAGACGGCCUGUCCUGGCACACGCAGAUGCCCGACGUGGACGUCUCAUUCCCAGAAAUAUUCCUCCCAGUGCCUUUGCCUUUAGGCACAUCGCGUGAGUGCAAGGAGGAGGUUUUUGAUCACAUUUGGAAAUCCACUUCUUCAGGGGAACCCAGUAGCUCUGCCACUAGCCUGUUUUGUUUUAAGACUGGAAGUGAUGCCCUAGCCGAUCUGAUCAAGGGGAAUUUUGAGGACUACCUGGUUGCGGAGACAUGGGACCAAAGCGUGUGGAAAGUCUUCACGUUUCUUCCGCCUCUGUGUCAUGUGUUGCUGAUGAUCGUGCAGGCCGAGGAUGCCUGUCAGAUUCACAUCGCAACAGACAACUGGGAGCUGCUGCCGCAUAUCGGCUCCUACCUGCAAAAUAUAACCGCCCUUUCCAAAAAUCCAGCUAGCAGCUAGUUGGGUGGACUUGUAACUGUUCACCAGUUCUGAUGCUGGAGUAUCCAGACACUGUGCCUCUUUUAAAGGCAUACGAGGCCUGUUAAUUAGCAAAAGAAUCUAAAGGUGAGGCCUGUCCUAGUAGAGAAAGCAGUAAACACGCAGUCCAGGAGAAGUGCUGUUGUGCACUAUUGUAGUAUUAUAGCCAAGUGCUGGAUUUUAAUUAAUAAAUAUGCUGUUUUAUCAUGUUUGUAUCACAAUUUAAUUGUAGCUACAAAUUAUAUUUUGAUACUUUCCCAACUUCUUUCCUAAGUCCUGUGAGACCUGUCAAAUUUAGAUAUAUGCAAAACUAUGUACUGUUGGACAUGUAUACUGAAAUAAGUCAUGAAUGAUGUAAUAAAAUGUAAUUACACACUGCA